AUGGCCCAUUUGACGCCAUCCAUGACGCCACGUCCCGCUGAAUCGUCGUCAGGUGCCGAUACCGGCGCGUCCACUCUGUCACUGUCCAAAUCGACACAUCCUACCUCGUCACAUCCUAUCCAGAAACCAGUGCUGACCCUCCCACUACCAGCGUCCAGCGCUUCAGCUACGGCGCCGUAUUAUUCACUGACGCCGCUGUCGUACUACCUGCUGGGUCUCGCCAGCGUGUUCCAUCACAACCCCUCCAAACUGCAGUAUAAUGGGUAUACUUAUCCUGACUCGUUUUCGUACCAGUUGAACAGUCAGUCCCAACCACACUCCCAGUCCGCUUCGCAGAUCCCUGCCACUCUACAGAACCAGGCUAGCACGCUCCUGAGCUCGAGUCUGUCUCAGAAUAAGGAGGCCAUCCCCCCUCAAUUGGCUGCCCAAUACUCACAAUAUUCGCAGUACUCCCAGAAUCCUAUUCUGGCUCUGUCCCAGACUCAACUGCUUCAGAAUCUGCUCCAGUAUCUGCUUCAGGGCCAGCUCCAAGGUCUGCUUCAGUCACAGCAGCUUCAGUCACAGCAGCUCCUGCCACUGCUCCAGCCACAAUCUUCCCUGUUGCAAGGUCCGUCGCAAUCGCUGCUCCUGUCACAACUGCUGUCGCAGUCACAGCUUCAACCCAUGCAACUCCAGCAGAUCCUGGGCCAAACCUCGUCGAGUAUUCCCGGCCAGUAUGGCCAGCAGCUCCCUAUCUUCGGCCAGCGCAUGGUAUUCCACGGUACUCAAGUGCCAGCCUCCUCCCAAUCACAGCCCACAACCUCCGAAGAUCUGUUUGUCUAUUUCAAAGACCUGGCGAUCUUCAAAGGGAAAAACACGCGCUACAAGUAUCACGGCAAGAUGUUCAUUCACUCCAAACACACGAAGUCCCUAAAGGACUCCCUCGAUAAGCCAAGGUCUGGCUUCGCUCAGCUGCUGGAAAUGCUGGACCCCAAACCAUAUGUUUGUUCGUUCGAAGGAUGUGAAUGGUCGUUCGCGAGACAAUCCGACUUGCGGAGACAUACAAAGUCCCAUAAGGAGCCGACCUUCCAUUGUCCAUACUGGCGUACCGACCCAACGUGUCAUCGUAAUGGCGGUUCGUUCAGCAGACUUGAUGUUCUCAAGAGACAUUUACGCUUGGUACACUACGUCAAAGAUAAGCAACAAAUAUUCCCAGGCUCUGACCCCGGGUGGUGCCGGGCGUGUCAGAAAAUGUUUCAGUCGUCAAAACACUUUAUAGAUCAUUGCGUUGACUGCGCUAAUCAGAUUUCACCCGCUGAAUGGCGCUCAACAACCUCCAAAAACGGAGAUGAGCCCUUGGAGAAGACUGAGUGA